GCCGUUUUAAAGAGAAAUCCUGCCUACUACUACUGCUAAACGCACGUUUUCCAACCAGGCUCUCGAUGUAAACUAAACAAACCUUCUUGGGAGUCCAGGAACCUGUAGUUUCUUCUGACGAUCUAGUGGUGACAACAAAAUGAAAUUCUCAUAUAAGUUUUCCAACCUUAUCGGUACAGUGUACAGGAAGGGUAGUUUAAUAUUCUCUUCAGAUGGGAAUUCAGUUUUAUGCCCAGUUGGUAAUAAGAUUUCCGUUUUUGAUCUGCGCAACAAUAGAUCGCAUACCUUACCAGUUGAGGCCAGAUUCAAUUAUACUACAUUAGCCCUAUCUCCAAAUGGUCUUAUACUUAUUGCUGCUGUUGAAGAUGGCGAGGUUCACAUUAUCAACCUGAAUUUCAAGAAUGUCAUUUAUCGUACGUUCAGUCGUCCCAUCAAAAGUAUUCGUUUCAGUCCAGACGGGAAACAUUUCGCCUUGACCAAAGAGAAUGCUGUUUUUGUAUAUGCCGCACCAGGGUCUAGCAAACGUGUAUUUGACCCUUUUGUCAUGGAAAAAGUGUUCCAUGCAUCAUACGAUGAUACAACUUGCUUGGAUUGGUCAUUUGAUUCUAGGGUUAUUGUGGUUGGAUCAAGAGAUAUGAUAACACGCGUUUACGGCUUAGUGAAGUUUAGGAAUCUUCGAGAAUAUUCCAUAGGUAGCAAUAAGGAUACAGUUGUUGGAGUGUUCUUUGAAGAAAAUUCGCUGGAUUUGCAUACGGUAGGCCGUGAUGGUAUGGUAUGCUCUUGGGAAUGCAGUGUUGAUCCUGAUGGCCUAAUACCUGUGAAAGACAUUUACAAAAAGGAACCAAAGAAAGAAAAGGAGGAAGAAGAGGAAGAUGACAUCCCUUUGACACAGGAAGAAAUAGAGGAAAAUGAGAAGCAAGAAGAUGAUGAAAAAGUGGGAAAGGUUUUCUACACUCGUCGGAUGAAGCUGUUCAUGGACACCCACUUUGAAACCAGAAAUGUUACUGUAACUGCUGCAGAGUAUCAUAAGAAGACAAGGAUAAUGGUGGUGGCAUUCGCGACUGGAGAUUUCCUCCUACUUGACAUGAAUGAUAAAGGGGCUUUGGUGCACUCUCUCAAUGUAUCCAAACAGAUUGUUACAAGUGUGGCUAUGAAUCCAAGUGGUGAUUGGAUGGCAUUGGGAGUGUCAUCUUUAGGUCAGUUACUGGUGUGGGAGUGGCAGAGUGAAACUUACGUUCUAAAACAACAGGGUCAUUUCAACAACAUGAGAGUAGUUAUGUAUUCCCCUGAUGGACUGAAUCUUGCAUCUGGUGGAGAGGAUGGGAAGGUGAAGCUGUGGUCCACCCAAUCAAGUUUCUGCUUUGUUACGUUCUCUGAGCACAACGGUCCUGUGACAGGGCUUGCCUUUACCCAGAGUGGAAAAGCCAUAUUGUCUUCUUCGUUAGAUGGUACUGUUCGUGCAUUUGAUCUCACUCGUUAUCGUAAUUUUAAGACAAUGACUUCCCCUCAGCCUACCCAGUUUUCGUGCAUUUCCGUCGACAGUGCUGGAGAACUAGUAGUCGCUGGAGGACAAGAUAGUCAUGAUAUUUACCUUUGGUCACUGCAAACAGGAAGACUGUUAGAAGUCUUAGCAGGCCACACAGGGCCAGUUGUGAGUUUGGAUUUCUCCAAAGAACCUGGAAGUACAAUGUUAGUGUCAACAGGAUGGGACAGCUCAGUCAAAGUGUGGGAUGCAAUAGCCAAUACAACUGCCAAAGAAUCUAUUGCUUUGUUAUCAGAUGGUCUUUUUGUUACUUUUCGACCGGAUGGUAAGCAGAUAGCUGUAGCCACGAUGGAUGGGCAAAUCCAGAUGUUUGAGCCUAAUACAGGAAAGCAGCAGGGUAGUAUAUCAGGUAGACCUGAUCUCGGGGCAGGCAGAGCAGAUGCAGAUAAAGUUACAGCCAGGAAGAACCUUGAAUCAAAAUGUUUCACGACAUUAUGUUACUCUUCGGAUGGCCAGUAUAUACUUGCAGGAGGACAGAGUAAAAAUGUCUGCAUUUACAGUAUUGAAGAAGAGAUACUUGUGAAGAAAUUUGAAAUAACACAGAAUAGAUCUUUUGAUGCCAUGGAUGAGACCGUAAACCAUAGGAAGAUGGCUGAAAAUGGUGUCAAUCUAGCUCUUGUUGAAGAACGGGAAGACAGAGAGAGUGAAAAAGGUGUUUCUAUACGAUUACCUGGAACUCGCAGAGGUGACAAAUCGACAAGGGUAUUCAGACCUGAAGUUAAUGUAACCUCCCUUCAUUUUUCACCAACAGGACGCAGUUGGGCAGCUAGUAGCAGUGAAGGAUUGUUAAUUUAUUCCCUUGAUGAUGACUUGCUGUUUGAUCCAUUUUAUUUAGAUGUCUCCAGUACUCCCGCAGCAGUUAAACAGAAACUCAGAGAGAAAGAAUAUACUGCAGCAUUGAUGAUGGCUAUGCGUCUAAACAUAAAUUUACUUAAGUAGGAAGUCAUAGAGACCAUACCCUUGGAUGCAGUGAAAGUUGUUGUCAGUGAUUUGGGACAAAUUUAUGUGGAAGGUGUGCUCAAGUUUCUGGCAGAAAUACUGGAAGCCUCUCCACAUGUUGGUCUCUAUGCAAAGUGGGCUAGUCUGCUUGUCACCCACCAUGGCCAGAAGUUGAAGACCCGAGCACCGCAGAUCAUGAGCAUCUUGAAUUCUCUUCAAAGAUCGUUGACCACUCACCAUACAAACCUGAGUAAAGUAUGUAGUCACAAUGAGUAUAUGCUGAAGUACUUACAAACCCAGUCAUCACUGCAUAAGAUACAUCAAGAAGUCGCAAAUAAAGAAGAGCCAGAUGUGGAGAUGAAUAACAUUCCUCAGUCAGAUGCUGAAAGUGAAGAGCAUAUUGAUGACCUUUUCCCUGAUAUUGAGGCUGAACUUUGAAAUAAAUUACUGUUGUUAUUGUUUAUAUCCUUGCAUUAUCAUUCUCAUCCAUUUAGAGGAACUAAGUUAAUAACAGUGUGUGAAUUAUCUGUGAAAUUUAACAAAUUUAAUGAGAAAACUUCAUCACAGAUAUGGAAUAAAAGUGAUCAGUGCUCACAUUACAGAGGAAACCAAAGCUAGCAACAUGGUGGAAAUCACAGCUACAGCUGUAUUUCAUAUACUACAGUAAAUUUAUUCAAAAGAUACUUUUUACUAUAAAAUGUGAACUCUCAAUUUGGGAAGAACCCAGAUCUGUGUAUACUCAUUCAUGUUUUAUCAAAGACCCAAUCUUUUAUGCUAGGAAGCUGUCAAUAUGGAACUAAAUUUAAAUUUUAUUUAUGGCAGGGAGUUGUUUUUAGUAAAGACUUGUAUGAAUUAUGGACAUUUACAGGAAUGAUGAUAUGUGCCUAGUAAAAAUAUAAAUAGUACAAAGAUUC